AUGUACAAUACAGCGAUACCAUCAUGCAUCUUUAGCAGCGUGAAGGAAGGACUCUUCAUGAUAAUCAAGGCAUUUUCACAGAAGCUCGUUUCCCUUGACGGCGCUAUGGCAGGCGCAGGCGCUCUUUGCUCUUCACACACAGAAAGCAUAAGCACGCCACUCGAGCGCCUCAAGCCUCUUCUCCCAUCAUACAACAUCCAGUGGCCAAUUUCGGCGCCCUUGAAAGCCCGCAGCGCUCGCAGUACUCUGCUGCAGCCUGCAUUAGACGACCUACUUGUCCGGAUACCCCAGAUCAAUCAAGAUACAUUUGCCAGCAUUCAGGCUGCGGCGAAUCCUAUCCUGCCGCUGCCCUUUUGGAGAUGCAUAUUAGCUCGCAUUCUGGUUGCCUAUGUAACCGAUGAUGCUCGAAAUGCCACUGACUGGACUAGAUUCAGUCCCUACACUCGCAACGGCUUGUACCCUCUUGGGAUAUACCACAACCACCUACAGACAUGA